AUGGCACCAAAGCUAGGUCAUGACCUCGCAUCAAGUCAUGUAUUCGCCGACGCGACAGCAACCUUUGCAGCCUUUGCAGCAGGAGCGGAUCUGGAUCCAAGUCUUCUGGCAUUGUCUGGCGCGUCCGUAUCCACCCCUAUCGACCCCCAGCUCUUCGCUAUCGAAUCGGUCGUCCACGAUGUGCAGCGCGGACGCGUCGACGACCUAGAGCGCGACCUCGCUGCCGAGGUCGAAGCACACGAGGCCACAGCUGAGGUGCAUCCGGAUGGUCUCCUCGGCGACGAGGAAGGGCAUGACGACCACAUUGCCAUCGACGACGACGGAAUCGACCCCGCCCUCCGCGAGAUUGUCAACUCGUUGACGAAUGCGCAGCAGUCGCACCAUCCUAUUGGAGACGAGGAGCGCGAACGGCUGGACCGCGAGCGCCUACAGCACACCCUCCAGACCACUCUCGAGGACUUUACGCAGCACGGGCUGAUGAACUCGUAUAACGCUCUCUUCAACUCCAACUUCCCACAAAGCCCAUCGAGCCUCGUGCUGCCCCUCGAUGAGCCCGAAGUCCCCGUCAAGCGCGGGCGCGGGCGACCAAAGGGGUCAAAGAACAAGCCCAAACCCGGUGCGCCUCCUCCACCGCCCCCACCACCGAAGCGCAAGCGCGGGCGACCGCCCAAGAUCCGCACAUCCGAGGAGCUCGAGGAGAUGGAACGGAGACGGCAAGAGAAGGAGCUCGGAAUACAGCGCAAGCGUGGGCGCCCACGCAAGUACCCCGAGAUCGGCCUUGUUCGCGAGAUGCGGCUCAAGAAGAACCGUGCCAUGUUCGCCGAGAAGGUCAAGCAGCUCGAGGAGCAACAGCAUGAGGAGAGUAACGAGUACGAAACCCAGGAACACCACCAGUACGACGCGCCUAUGGACGUCGCCCUAGGCGAGCAGGUCGCGGCGGCCGUUGCGCGCCAGCCUGUCCAGGAUGGCGAAUACUGGUCGUACCAGGACGGCCAGAGCCUGCUCGACGUCGUCGGCUCCAGUCUUGGCGUCGAAGGAAGCUCGGGCGUUGGCGGCAUCGGCGUUGAUGUCAUGUCCGGCGAUCAGAGCGACGAGAUGCGCGGCGUCUUCACCCUACCUGAUGUUCCCGAGGUCCAGCAAUAG